AUGAAUACGUUGUGCUACAUCUGUAUCUCUCAGAGAGAGAGAGAGAGAGGGAGGGAGGGAGAGGGAGAAAAAGGAGAGAGGGGACACAAAAAUUUGACAAAGUGGACAGCAAAUACGGGAAAUAGAUGUGAGUGA